AUGACAACAAAUUUCGAGAGUUUUUUCGUCUCAAUCGCCAGCAAUUUGAUUUUAUUUUAUCAUUGGUUAGAACUUAGAGAGUCGCUUACAAAAGAGCCAUCUUUACGAGUUCCUGAUCCUAUAACACCAGAUGAAAAAUUGGCAAUUACAUUGAGAUAUCUUGCAACUGGAGAAUCAUUCCGAUCAUUAGCAUUUGCUUACCGUAUAUCGUUUAAUAUUAGUGUCUUAGUAAAAGAAACAUUAACAAUUUUAAAACAAUAUUUAAUGCCAAUAUUUUUGCCAAAUCCCAAAAAUAUGGUUUUAAAAGUAAGUCAGAAGAAUUCUUGA